UUAAAGCCUACACACUGUAAUGCACAAACCUUCAGUUUAUCUGAUAUUACCUAAAGGAAGUAUCUGAAAUCAGCAGUAAAUCUGUCACUCAAGUUUAUCAGGAAAGAAGCCUAUGAAAGAAGCAAAAUUCAGCCAUGUUGAAACUCUAAAUCCUUGAUGGGUGUGUUUUACAGCUCUCUGGCCUGCUACAGGACUUCAGCUGUGACCUGCAGAAGGACACCACAGGGAAGCUACUCGAGACAUUCAUAGUUCCUGGUCAGAGCAAGCCAUGACGAGGACUUCUACAUGCAUAUACCACUUUUCUGUUUUGAGCUGGUAUAUUUUCCUCAAUUUUUAUAUAUCACAAAAAGGAGAGGAUCAGCAGAAAUCCAAAAUCUUUCCAAAUGACGGACAAUGGAAGUACUUGACAUUCCUUAAUCUGUUCUUACAGGCCAUUUUCUAUGGGGUGGCCUGCCUGGAAGACGUGCUGAAAAGAACUGAAGGGAAAAAAGACAUAAAGUUUGUAACUGCCUUCAGAGACCUGCUUUUCACCACACUGGCUUUUCCAAUAUCUGCUGUAAGUUACAAAGAUGUGCAGUUUGUAUUUUUGUCAUUCUGGAUCAUCUUCCUCUAUGAUCGAGAACUUGUUUACCCUAAGGCCAUAGAUGAUAUCUUUCCAGGAUGGCUGAAUCAUGCAAUGCACACAGCCAUACUGCCCUUCUCACUGGUCGAAAUCAUCCUCAGGCCACACUGCUAUCCACUGAAGACGAAAGGACUCACCUUGUUUGCUGCUGUUAGCCUCGCUUAUAUAAGCAGGGUUCUAUGGAUCUACUCUGAGACAGGUACAUGGGUAUAUCCUGUGUUUGCCAAACUCAGCCCAGUGGGUCUAGCAGCCUUCUUCUUGCUCAGCUACAUCCUUGGUGUCAGCAUCUACCUACUUGGAGAGAAGCUUAACCACUGGAAAUGGGGUGACAUGAUGCAGCAGAGGAAGAAGAGGAAGUGAUUAGAUGCUUUUCCAAGAACUAAGAAGGAAGAAAACACAAGAGUUUUUUUCAUUUUUUUUUUCCCCCCUGGUGAGGGGACAUGGUGGUGCAACAUAGAAAGGCAGUAAGGACAGGGUAUGAUAUUUAAAUAAAUAAGAAGGUUAUGAAGGUAGCUUAAUUUGAAGACUCCUGAUUUUUUGAAACUUUUCCUGGACACACCCAAAACAACUCCAACUGUCUCAGAAUUUAUUACCUCUGUCUGACUUCUGCGGAGGAUGGUCUGUGGUCAACAUGUGGCUAAAGACCAAAGGAACUCAUGUAUAUGCAGUGUUAGAGAAUGUUUAGAGAGAAAAAGGGACUUAGGAUCAUUCAAACUCUUCACUUUCCAGAGGAGGAUGCUGAGGACCUAGAUGAGAAGUUACCUGCAUGAGACCAAAGAGUUUGUAUCAGAACUAAGACAACAGCUUUUGUCUCCCAGAUUUUCUAACUCCCAGUCCUGUGCCAUUUUUUUAAUAAUCCUAAUUUUCCCAAAAAGAAGCACUUUCAUAAGCUAGUUAUUUUCAUGGAUUUCUCAUCUUUUUUUUCUCAAUCUAGAUAGAAAUGUAGGGUGGUGGCUGUUUCUGACGAUGUCUAAUAUAAUAGCAAAUUAAUUGGGGCAAAAAUAUUGAGAAAUAUGUUUCUCUUAUAAGCAAGCAUUUGGGGCAGGUAAACACUGAAUAUAGGGACAUUGUCAAAAUCUUUUCCAUGAACAUUAAUUCAUCAAAUAAAUGUACAUUUCACUUGGGGAAUAAUCUGGAUGGCAAAUGAUAAUGACUGUGAGGACUGCUAAGACUGCUUUGGUACAAAGCUCUUUGCUAAAUUAGUUCACGGUGUAACAAAGCUGAUUGUCAGGUGAUUAACAAGUGCAUUCAUAAAUCCUGCUUUGAUUUUCCCAGAGGAUUUUUCUGGGUCUUUAUUUACAGACACAUUUUGUAAAGAAUACAAAUGACUAGUGGUAGGUAAACACCACCAAGUCUGUUGAUGUGUCAAUAGGCCCAUGUAGGUUGUAUGUGGAUACCAGAGUAAAUUGUACUUGGGCUUCCCAAUUGAACAUUACACAAGAUAAAUACACUGACACCCAGGGCAGUCUUGAAGGGUUAGGGAAGGGAGCAGAAUAUCCCAAUGGGGUGGGCGGUCCAAGGGCCCACUACGACAGGCACCAAGAAACCCACUCAAUCUCUACUCCUCUUCUAGGGUUACACAAAUAUGAGCCUUAAGUCUUUCUGAAUUAAGCUGGGAACACCAUCUCUUUUCCCACACCUGCUACUUCUUGAUUGCUCCAAGCACCUGGUCUCAGCAGGAGCCCAGGAGUAGUUAUCACACGGUGGAAAUUCUCCAAAUGUGAAGCCCUCAGGGGAUCACUCAAAUUUUUCCACACCCCAAAGAUGACUCAGGCUGCAUACUUCUCAGAGUCAUAGUAAGCCCUUGGCUGGGAUGAGCCUGCAUAUUUCUAUUUGUGGCUUCAGUGACCAAAUUAAACCCUGAUUGCUGCA